AUGGCAGACAAACGACUGGUCGACGAAGUCCUGGCACAACCGGAUUACACGAGUAUUGCAAGGACAGUUGAGAAGCAGCGAAGCUUUGAUCCUCCCAACAUUCAUGCCAGUGGCCACUUUGGUAUCGGUGGCAUUCUGGGUACCAUGGGAAACGCGGCGGAGAGCCCUGGUGACCCACUCUUCUACCUCCAUCAUGGCAACAUUGACCGCAUCUUUUGGGAAUGGCAACAGAAAGAUCUCGAGACGCGUCUCAAUCAAGUCGGUGGGCCUAUUACGCCUUUUGAUUACAGCGGCAAGAACGUUACUUUGGACUUUACCAUUAAUAUUGGCUUGUUAGCAGGGAAUGCCACGCUCAAGGACCUGUUAAAUACAGAAGGAGGGACGCUCUGCUACACGUAUUAG